AUGUAUUGUAUAUUACAUAAUCAGGAACCGUUGUCCAUCAAAAAACGACUCGGGAAGGAGAUCUACAACUGGCGCCAGCUGAGCCAGGCGGCCGCGGAGCAAGGCGGCAAGCCCUUUCUCUCUGAUGGUGAAGCUAUCCUUCCGGCUUAUGCCUUGCUCGGGGCAUCCUUUCCCCUUGUUUUGGAAGGCGAGUUUGCUAUCGCCAUCUUCGACUUUACAAAGGACCAGGCGAUUUUCGCCAGCGAUGCCUUCGGCACGAAGCCCCUCUGGUAUGCCUUGGUUCGACACAGGCAGAGGAUCGCAGUUGCCUCCUACAAGAGCGGACUGCGCCGACUUGGCUUCAACAAGCGCAACAUUCACAUGGUCGGUCCGAAUAGGGUACUGACUGUGUGCCUCGCGACAUUCCGUAUUCUCAGAGAAACUUCGGUCUUCGAGUUUGAUAUGCGACAGUUCAAAACCUCGACGAGCGACUUUUUUACAGCCUUUAACCGGGCUGUCAAGAUUCGCACCGAGGACUUGAUAUCCACAGGACGCCCUUUGUUUAUAGGCCUCUCAUCGGGCUUUGAUUCCGGGGCUAUUCAUGCAUCGCUGCACCACCAGUCUGUGAAGCACCACGCAUUUGCAUUGCUUGGUGAGGAGGUUCCAGCAGUGCUUCAUGAUCGUGCAAUGUUUGCUCAGACGACGUCCGAGGUGUCAAUCGUCAUGAUGAAUGAGCAGGACUUUGAGCUCGAGCAUGACUGGCUGUCCCAGAGGGCGGAACCGUUCUGGUACUUGGGGGCCAAUGCCACCGGCCAGACCAACGUCUUGGAUGACUUUGCAUCCACAGGGCUCAGCUACAUUGUGAGACUGAGUCGGGACAGAGGAGCGCUCUGUUACCUGUCCGGAUCCGGAGCUGACGAAAUCUUAAGCGAUUAUGGAUUUGCUGGAGACAAGUGGUGUCCGCAGUCUUCAUUUGGAGGACUGUUUCCGGACAACUUGACGACUAUCUUCCCCUGGGCAGGGUUCUUCUUGUCUACGCAGCGGGACUAUCUCCACAAAGAGGAACAUGUCGCUGGAGCCCACGGAGUGGAAGCAAGGUAUCCGUUCCUGGAUCCUAAAGUGGUGCAGGAGUUUCUCUGGCUGGCGCCAGAGGUAAAAAACAGGGAGUACAAGGCUCCACUGCACGAUGCCUUCGCCAACUGGGGCUACCCCUUUGAAAAGCGCAAGAAGACCGGAUUCGCUGCGAAAGCCAACUUGGUGUCCGACCCGACAAGCUACCUCUGGCGCUACCACUCCCUGCCUCCGGCAGCAUGUGGACCUCAUUCCGGCACGCCGGGCGGAGUAUCGAUCUGCCUCCCGGAGCCCAGCACAGAGGGAAGGCUUCGGUGUGAUGUCCAGUGCAUGGACAACCGGACUCCUACUGCUGACACAUUGCGGUGCGGUCACUACGGUGCCUGGGUAGGGCAGCUUCAUUGUCUGGAAGAGGAUGAUGUGCUGCCGUCUCUGUGGCCAGCCGAUGGGCCACGACCACCUAUGGUGGUUGGCGGCUGUGGCAUUGCCUCUGUCCCGGAGGGCAAUCGUGACGAUGCAGCCAAGCCGGAGAAAGCCAGGAGGAUCAGUGGAUACAAUCUCUUCUGCAAGGAGUGCAAAGGGGAAGCAGUGCAUGCUUCCGCAGCCUGGAAAUCGCUCAGCGAUUCGGAGAAGGAAGAGUGGCACGCAAAGGCCCGUGCAAUGAAUGGCCAGAAUCCGGACAGGGAGGAGGCCCCUCCUCCGGCAUCUACUGGGCAGCCAAGAAAGCGACAUGUGGCAGACGAUGAUGAUUCUGACAAUGAGGAGGAUGACGAGAGGCCUCAAAGCUCGAAGGAGGCCGAAGGUAACAGUGCCGGUGCUGUGCUCGGCAAGCUUCGGAAGCUGGUGUCCAGAGUCACGACAGGCCCGGAGGUUAUGCAACAGAAGAAUGCGAAGGCCGAUCCCGAGGAUGACGACGAAGAGGUUGUCGCCAAGGUGUGGAGGCCUUUCACAGUGCAAGUGAAGCUUUCAAGCAGAAGGUGUCGCGUGCAGCUGUGCCCGGCCAUUGUAUCUUGCUAA